CAAUCACUACAAACUACCAUUCAAUCCAACAAAAACCCCUUUGAAUCCUCAAAUCAAGCACACAAAUGGCCGAAGUAGCACCAGCAGAUCUCGUUGCGAUUCCGACAAAGAAGAGAACCCGAAAGCCACUGAACCCGAAAACCUGUUCACCCAACGAAUCCAACAUUGUAGCCGGAGCAGCAAUCUCUCAGCCACAAAUCUUUCCAGAGAACUCGAUCGAUAAAGAAAACUCCCAGACCCUUUCGCAACACAAAUCUUCAAAGAUCAAGAAAUCAACCAAAGGAAAGAAGCAAACACAACCCGAUCCUGCAACGUUUGUGUUCGAGAAGGAGCUGAAAGAAAUGCAAGAGAAGCUUGAGAAGAUGACACUUGAGAAGCAACAAGCAGAGGAGCUUUUGAAGUUGAAGGAUCAAGAACUUGAGGCACAUAAUAAAGAGCAAGAAAAGAUGAAAAUGGAGCUUAAAAAGUUGCAGAAAUUGAAAGAAUUUAAACCCACUAUGACAAUUCCCAUUUUUCAAUCUUCAAAAGACAAAGAUCAAUCAAAGAAGAAGAAGAGUGGACAAGAAACUAAAAAACCUGCAACACCAUACAUCAUGUGGUGCAAGGACCAUUGGACUGAGGUCAAGAAAGAAAAUCCUGAAGCAGAAUUCAGUGAAAUAGCCAACAUUUUAGGGGCAAAAUGGAAGACAUUAACCCCUGAAGAAAAGAAGCCUUAUGAGGAGAAGUAUCAAACCGAAAAAUCGGUUUAUUUAAAAAUUGUGGGUACUGAGAAAAGAGAAAAUGAAGCUAUGAAGCUACUGGAAGAAGAACAGAAGCAGAAAACUGCUAUGGAGUUACUUGAACAGUAUAUGCAAUUCAAACAAGAAGCCGAAAAAGACGGCGAUAACAAAAAGAACAAGAAGGAGAAAGAUCCAUUAAAGCCGAAGCGUCCAGAAUCCGCGUAUUUCUUGUUUAUGAACGAAAGACGAGCUGCAUUAAUAGCUGAAAGCAAAAGUGUGGUUGAGAUUGCUAAGAUCACAGGGGAAGAAUGGAAGAACAUGACAGAGAAGCAAAAGGCGCGUUACGGAAAGGUAGCAAAACAAAAGAACGAAAAGUAUGCACGAGAAAUGGAGAUCUACAAGCGGACUAAAGAAACGGAAGCUGAGAUCGCCAAGAAGGAAGAAGAUGAGGUUUUGAAAGUCUUGAAGCAGGAAGCGUUACAAUUGCUUAAAAAGAAAGAGAAAACCGAAACCAUCAUUAAGAAAACAAAAGAAAAGAAGAGCAAGAAAAAGAGCAAAAAGAUUGACGAUCCUAACAAGCCGAAGCGCCCAGCGUCUUCUUUCCUCCUUUUCAGCAAAGAAGCGAGGAAGGAUUUGUCGAAAGAGAGGCUGGAUAUUAGCAAUGCGCAACUCACUGCUCUUGUUUCGGUGAAGUGGAAGGAAUUGAGUGAAGAAGAAAGACAGAGAUGGAAUAGAGAGGCGGCAGAAGCGAUGGAAGCUUACAAGAAGGAGAUGGAGGAGUAUAACAAGAAGAACAAAGUGGAGACCCCUAACAUUGAUGAUGAUCAUCACUAAUUUUGGCUUUUGAUGUUCAACUGGUUCUGUUGAACAUCUUUUAUCCUGUCUUUGUUCAAGUAGUUGAUUGUCAUGUCUCAAGCUUUAGUCACAAAUCAAAGUAUUUGAAUGAAAUAUUGCUAUGAAUGAAAAAGUGAUAAUUACAAUGGAGUAUGUUUGAAACU